AUGGGCAUUAAUGGAGAUAAUAUCUUUACUGUUGUGGCAAAAAACAUCGAUGUUCUUGCAAUUAAUAGAUAUUGUUCGAUCAAGGCGAUCGAGACUAAAUCCAGCGCGGACGAUCAACAAUGGCUCACGUAUUGGGUUCUUUACUCUCUCAUCACAUUAUUCGAACUCACAUUUGCCAAACUACUCGAAUGGUUUCCGAUUUGGUCGUACGCGAAGCUUAUAGGCGUGUGCUGGCUGGUAUUGCCGUAUUUCAACGGAGCAGCGUACGUGUACGAGCAUUUCGUAAGGCCUUUCUACAUGAACCCACAGGUUAAGCUAUGGUACACCCCCAGGCAAAAUGAUGUGUUCACCAAACCUGAUGAUAUACUCACUGCUGCAGAGAAGUAUAUCCAAGACAAUGGACCACAAGCUUUUGAAAGGCUCAUUGCCAGGGCUGAUAGAGAAUCAAGAACCAGGAGGAGCAGCUACACAAUCUUUCAUGAUGAUUAUGAGUAUUAAUUAAUUAAUUAAUUAAUUAGUUAAUUAUUGGAGUUGUCUGUCCAGGUUUUUAAUUUGAUUUAAUGACUAUUGGAAUUAGUUAAUGUUGUCUAAUUGUCUGUGUGUUUAUUAAUUACUCUAUUGACACUAGUUUCUUAUCAAUAUUUAUUCCUUUUCAGUAG